AUGACCUCUGCUCGGGCCAGACAGCUGCAGGAGAAUAGCGGAAGCGACAGCCAAGAGGCCAAAGCUCUCGCGUUGCCUGUCCCCAGUCCCCGAUCAGCGCUCUCCCGAGGUUUGGCCGGCCACGACGCCAGCCAGGGCCGCUAUCUUCCUGGCGACAACGCCAUGGUGGGCGCAUCUGCUGUACAAGUAGAAUCUGCUCGCCCUUCCCGCCUCUCUGCUCUUGCCGUGUCCAACUUUGCCGUGUCGCUCUUGCCGUGUCGCUGCCGCACUGCUCUCCGUCUCGAUUCGCUCUCUCUGCCUUCUCUCCUGCCACGUGAGAUUACUGAACCGCCCCACGUCUUCUCUCCACCAACAACCGCUGUCCGAAAUCAGUCGACACCACAAUACCCGUCGGCCACUGAAGCAGCCGCGGCUUGCACAUGCAGCACGGGUCCAACUUUUGCAAAUUAA